AUGGCCGGGAAGCUGACGCCUGUGGACGGACAGCUCAUGUCGAGCGCCAACACACUUCCUGUCUCUUAUGCCAAUGUGCAGCACGUUGAGCUGUUCCGUGCCGAGAUGGGGAAGUACAUGGAGCAGACCGGCCGCGUCGACGCGAGCCUGUGGGCUGACGAGGCAAAGGCUGUGCGGGAGUACGGCCCUUGGGGGCAUGAGCCACCGUCAUCGGACUCUGCCGCGGACGUGAGGAGGUUCUUCAACGAGCACCCGAGCAGCACGCAGCUGAUGUUUGCUGGGUGGCUUCCCGGGAAGGUGAUCAUGCAGACGCUGGAUCAGCCGCUCUGGAUCACGGAUCGAAGGGCGUACGUGACGGGGCUCUUUGAUCAAAACCGAUAUAUCAUUUCUGAGGAUUAUGUGCUUGGCGACUAUGGCGCUCCCUGCACUCCUGUUGCCGCGUUUCUCGGUGCUGUGUGCUACUGCAACCAGGGCGGGCGCGCCGCUAUUCUCCAACACCUACACAAGGCGUCGUGGACGUUCUCAUCUCGAUCCGCCUUCAACUACGCGCAGUCCGUCUGCUACUUGAAAAACAUCGCGGUGUCGAAGCCGCUGAGCGCUCUGAUACUGAACUUCUCCGACUUCCCGAAGCUGACGGCUGCUGCUGCACGGAUGAGGACGGUAAUUCAAAAUGCAGUCGACGGAAGCGGUUUGGACUUUGCCGCGUUCAACCCGGCGAUGCUGAACGCGACGCAAGCGACGGGGCAGGGUAUUCUUGACCGGGAGCUCUUGAACUACACUGUGGAUGUGAUCACCGGUCCGCUGCUUCGAAGCAUUGACGUGAACGGCACGCUGGUGAUCUCUCCCGUGUUCAACCGGCCGAGCAUAGUGGUGCCGAAGUCGAACUACCUGUUCCUGAUGCCGACACUGGAGCAGGAGAUGUACGUCCUCUACUCGAGGAUGGCAGUCGUGACUGCCGUGACGUCGAUCAGCGCAGGUGUGAACCUUGUGCUGCACGAGUACAGCAGCGCGAGCGUGCGUGACAUCACAGCACUGGGGGUGAAGACGGCCGCCACGUUCAACCUCCCCGACCCCUCCACCGCGGGCAUCUCGCCGGGGGCGUCUGUGGCGACUUCGCUUGCACCUGAUAAGAUCAACUUUGUUCUUGGGAUCACGGAGGACGACGUGGGCGUGAUCGCCAGCUUCCUUGUUGCGAACCCAUCGGCAAUCGCGGUUAUUUCGUUUUGCGACCUCGCACAUAGCUACGACAGCCUCGUCGCUGCCUUCUCCGUGAUGCCUACCUCUGUGCAGGCGCGUCUGAUGUCGUUCACCAGCCUGCCGCUGUGGAGUGACACGUCGGAGAGCGCACUCGAAGCGAGUCCGCUGAUGAGGCUCUUCACCACCAUUUUCCCGGACCCGGCAAGCCACACGCCGUCCCUGCUGCGCAACUUCUUAUCCAUCGCAUUCAUCCAGGCUGUAGCGUAUGAGAAAGGAGGCGUUGUUAACUCCACCUCACUGCAGGAGAGAGUCUACACGCAUGGCACCAUCAACGCGCACAGUAUGUCCCUGGGCCCCUUUCAGUGGAGCUGCACCACGACGGCGAGCGGUGAUGACUGCAUAUACGAAAACUACGGCGCGCAGAGCAUUGUGAUGCUCUCCGUGCAGAGGAUGCUGGACCCGCGGGUGCCGCCGCUGACGGCUCCGAUGACGCCGUCCUUGGUGUACAGGCCUCGCGUGGCGUCGAGUGCGCUGACGCCUGCGGAGCGCAACGGCAUCAUUGCCGGCGUCGUGCUGCUUGUUGUCGCGUCGAUUGCAGCUGUUGGGCUGCUCCUGUACUGCUGCAUGGACAACCGGGACAACGACGCGGCGCCGAAGGACGGUGACGAGCCGGUGACGCUGGUCUUCACGGACAUCGAGAGCAGCACUGCGCUGUGGGCCGCGCUGCCGCAGCUGAUGGCUGACGCGAUUGUGGCGCACCACCGCGUGAUCCGGCAGCUGAUCGCGAAGCACGGGUGCUACGAGGUGAAGACGAUCGGCGACUCGUUCAUGAUUGCGUGCAAGAGCGCGCACAGCGCUGUGAGGCUUGCGUGCGAGAUCCAGACGAAGCUGCUGGGGCACGACUGGGGGACGGUGUCCAUCGACGCUGCGUACCGCGAGUUCGAGCUUGCGCGCGCGGACGCUGAUGACGACUACGUGCCGCCGACUGCGCGGCUGAGCGAGGAGGAGUACGCCGCGGUGUGGUGCGGGCUGCGCGUGCGUGUGGGGGUCCACACCGGGCUGUGCGACAUCCGGUACGACGAGGUGACGAAGGGGUACGACUACUACGGCGACGCGCCGAACAUGGCUGCGCGCACGGAGGCUGUUGCGAAUGGCGGGCAGGUUGUCGCGACGGAGACGGCGUGGUGGGCGCUGUCGAACGAGGAGCGCGCGGGUGCUGCGCACACCGCGAUGGGACGGCAGGGGCUGCGCGGUGUGCCGUUCGCGGUGGAGAUGUUCCAGAUGGACGCUGUGCCUGGGCGCCGUCACGCUGCGCUGCGCACGGAGAUCGAGGCGAUCCUGCCGGACGAGACGGCGACGGAGACGGCCUCGAGUGCUGCUGGUGCGCUGCUGUCGUCUGUGGGCACGAUGAGCGGCCCUGCUGCUGGCAUCGCCUUGGUGCUGACGAGCUGCUUUGCGCCGUACCCCGUAGCGCAGCGCGUGCGCGAGCUGCAGCCGCUGCUGAGCAAGUGGGGCGUUGGUGCGCCGCCGCGGAGCCGUGCUGUGAGCGAGGAGGACUACUGGCAGGGGCUGAUGAACCGCCUAGCGCUUCGGAUUGCGACGGUGUCGCAGGCCCGCCAGCGGAUGGGCAACGGCGGGGCCGUGGUGGCGGGCGACAUGCCGGACGUUGGCGCUGGUGGGGCGCUGAACCCGCUUGUGGGCGGGGGUGGCUGUGGCGCGGGCGGCGCGGCGCCGCGGCCUUCGGGGAUGACAGCGCCGCCGCGCUCCGAGGAGCCGUCCGCGAUGCGUGAGUGGCUAGCUAUUAACUGUCUGAUGAGCGACGCCCAGGUUUCGCUGAUGGAUUCUUUGAGCCUACGAAGAGCUAGCUCUGUGCGGAGCUCUAUUGGCUUGAUGGACACUGUGGUGCCUUUUAGCGCGCACACCUCAGGGGGUAGUACUGCGGAAAACAGUGGAGGUGAUGACGAGGUUGUGACCAUCUGUAUCACACUGGGCGCGCCCAACGCAAGGCACGUGUGCGAUGGAGCCUCGGAGGAGGUAAUCCAGUAA